UGUAGGAUCCCUUUAUAAUAUUCUUCACUCAUCACACUGACCAAACACGCCACGUCAACACACACCCCUGCUCCAAAUAGCAGACGAUAACUACCAUUUUUUCUUGAAACACCUAGUCAAAUUUAUUAAUAGUCGGACAGAUCAGAUCUCUCUCUAGUUCAUACAUUUAAUAUCUCCAACGAUGGCUCGCCGUGACGUUCUUUUUCUCUCCGUCCUCCUCAUCCUCGCCACCGUCUUCUCCAUCUCAUCAGCCGACGAUGAACCUGAUUGUGUCUACACAUUCUACCUCCGAACCGGUUCCAUUUGGAAAGCCGGCACUGAGUCGAUCAUAAGCGCUAGGAUCUACGACAAGUACGGAGACUACAUAGGGAUCCGAAACCUAGAGGCAUGGGGUGGGUUAAUGGGACCAGGUUACAACUACUUCGAGAGGGGUAAUCUCGACAUUUUCAGUGGGAGAGCGCCUUGUCUUCCGAGCCCAGUCUGUUCGUUGAAUCUUACCUCCGACGGCUCCGGCGACCACCACGGUUGGUAUGUUAACUACGUGGAGGUCACGACGGCUGGAGUUCACGCUACGUGCUCUCAGCAAAGCUUUGAAGUUGAGCAAUGGCUUGCGACUGAUACGUCGCCGUAUGAGCUCACUGCUGUAAGGAAUAACUGCCCGGUGUCGCUUAGAAAGAGUGUCGGUCGGGUCGGGUCUGAGAUCCGGAAGACUCUCUCUUGGAUCGUAUGAAGCAAUGAGUGAAUUGAUGUUGUGUGUCUUGGAGACUUGUUCUAUGUCGACAUGUCGUCUUGUGAACGUGUGAUGCUAAUAAAGAAAAAUGAUUGAUCGAAUAAAAAUUCAGUUUUUUGGUUCUGUAUGA